AUGCCUACCAACUUGAAGGAGGAGCUGGACCAUGCUGUGAACAGGCUGCUGCUGCUGCUGCUGGCCGGGGCCGCCGCCCUGCUCCGCCUGUGCGCCCGGCCCCUGGCCCUGCGGCGCGCCCCGGAGCGCGUGGGCUACCUCCCCGAGCCGGGCUGCAGCAGCCACCAGGCCGCCCGCCGGGCGCGCCGGAGCCGCAGGGCCGGGGAGCUGCCGCCCCUCUACCCCAACGGCUGGUACCGGCUGCUGGACUCGCACGGGCUGCCCCGCGGCGGGGUGCGCAGCCUGGCGGCGCUGGGGGAACAGGUUGCUGUAUUCCGUGCUCUGGAUGGACAAGUGUAUGUAGUCGAUGCCUACUGCCCACACCUGGGUGCGAACCUUGCUGCCGGCGGCCGCGUGAUCGGUAACUGUAUCGAGUGCCCAUUUCAUGGGUGGCAGUUUCGGGGAGAAGACGGAAAAUGCACUACAAUCCCAUAUACUGAAAAAGUGCCAGACUUUGCAAAGAUCAAAACAUGGCCCUCGUGUGAAAUAAACGGAAUCAUUCUUGUCUGGUAUCACUGUGAUGGUGUAGAUCCAGAGUGGGCUGUCCCAGAGCAGGAAGAGAUCACCUCCAAGGAGUGGGUGUAUCGUGGCCACACAGAGCAUUUUGUCAAUGCACACAUUCAGGAAAUCCCUGAAAAUGCUGCAGACUUUGCUCAUCUAACUUUUCUGCACGAACCAGUUUUUAUGAGUGGAGUUGACCUGAGAUACACACACUCCAAGCUGUGGGAGUCUAUGAAGCACUGCUGGAAGGCUGAAUGGCAGCCAGAGCCAGAACCCAACAAGCACUGUUCCCAGUUAGUGGUUAAACACAGUCUAACUGUGUUUGGCAAGCCCUUCUCCUUGAUGGAUUUCACAGUUAGAGCCAGACAGGUGGGGCCAGGGCUGGUCUACCUGACCUUUGAACAUGCUUUCCUGGGCCGUGGGAUCAUUCUGCAGAGCGUGACGCCCGUGGAGCCUCUCCUGCAGCAAGUCAUCCAUAGGAUCUAUUAUCAGCACAACAUGCCGGCAGUGAUCCCCAAAUUCAUUCUCAAAGUGGAGUGCGUUCAGUUUGAACGUGACAUCAUGAUCUGGAAUAACAAGCAAUAUCUGUCUAAACCACUGCUGGUAAAAGAAGAUUCUGCAAUCCAAAGGCACAGGCGCUGGUUUGCUCAAUUCUACAGUGAGAACAGCACUAGAUUCACUUGCCAAAAGGGUGGACUGGACUGGUGACAUCCAUGUGCUCAAAAGACGUCAAAUGGCUUCCUCGUCCAUGAGAAUCCCUUCCUUGUCCAUGAGAACGGCAGCCAAGCUCAUAGCAAGUUAAUAAAUCUGCAUUUCUGGAUUUUCAGUGGCAGUUGGGCAAAUCUGCAGUACAAGAAAACUCUCUAGUUCAAUACUUCUACCCGGCCAAGCGUAGUGUCUUCCAUGUAAGGCUGGGCAAAUCUAGUAAGUGUUGUGUAGGCUUUGCUGUCAUAACUGAGCUGUAGUAUGGGGUUCCCCCCCCCCCGUCUCCAAUGGGAAAAUGAGACUGACAGAAUCCCCUUGAGAAAUCAUCUAUGCUUUGCAGCUUUUGUUACUCAGGGACAACUGCAUGAAACCCUGAUCCUUAGGUGCUGCAGGGCUCACACGUUCCUAUUCUCUAAAGCUGUCAUUUGACAUCUGUUUCUCCUCCCCAUAGCAAGUCACAAUGGCAAACCUGGAUUGUUACCAUGGAUGAGGAAUAGGUCAGGGUCACUCUAAGGAGCAGAUGGUCUGCUCUCUUGUUAAUGUGCUUAGAAACUAGCAAGGGACCAGCAGCAGUGGUCAGGGCUGGCUAUAGAUGGUCCCUGAUGGAUCUCUACAGGAGUUUUUCCAAGGAGUUUAUCAGCUCCUGAGCAGAUGUUAAUGGACAUAUAGCAUCUAAUGAAGAAGGAAAGUAAUUUUCCUGAUUGUCUUACAGUGUAAGAACGUAAAAACCAAACUUCUUGUGCAAAGAUUAGUUCCCCUUGGAGUAAUGCGUAUGUGGAUAGUAACAACUGACUGAACACCAGCAGGGACUUGUUUAGAAAGCUAUGGCCUCAUCUGGGGCAAGUGCAGAGAGUGCUGACAUACUGUGCAAUCAGCAUUUAGUAUGUGUAUGAAACCGAUCUCUGCUGGUCUGGCUAAAAACUGCUGUAGUUUCCAUUGUGCUUUGUUCCUCAGUAGUAUAAAUAGAUGGACCAACUUCUGCCUUGACUUACAACCUCCAGACGCCUGUUUGCUCCAGGUAAGUCAGGGCAGAAUUUGGUGAUCGGACUGUAAUGUAGUUACUCUGUGCUAAUAGCCUUCAAAAACGAAUGUACAGCGCACAGAACUGUUGGGAGCCUUCCAUGCUAGGCGGCACCGUGCUGGAGCUGAUUGACAUUGUCUGCUAUACAGAUCGCUUGUGCCAAACAAAAGAAGAGGGUUACAAGGCAUUCUGUGAACCUGCCCUCGUGUAUCUUGUGAAUUCUGCACUUUACUGAGCCUUUUGUUUUUGCACUGAACCAUAACACAAUGUUAACCAGCGAGCCAGAGGCCUUUCCUUUCCAGGAGUUUCUCUAGCCCCACACUGGUUACUGUGUGAACUGCUUAAACGAGUCCCUUAAUGUCAAAGUCGCGAGGGGGUAGUGUAGUCCGUUGGGGGGAGUGGCUCCUCCCCCUCCGGGUCUGUGGACGGCCAAUCCGCCCCAUUACAGGUACUAUUUACUUCAUUGUUUGUGAUGGGGGCUACGGCCAUAGAAUCGCCAUGGCCUGGGGUUGCUCAUCACCUAAAUGCUGAAGCAGGCCUGUACUACGUGGCAUAGCAAUGUCAAGUGGGCUAGUCAACCCCCCGGCAAACACCUGGCGCUCUGGUGUGAUGGAUCGUGUACUAAUAGGGAUGGGUGCCACAAAGGGAUUACAGUAGUUAAAUAAGUCUUGGAAGAAUUACUUCUGGGUGGAACCAGGACCCGGCUGAAUGUCGGAGACUGGGUUCUUCUCUGGCUCACACAUCACCCAAAGAAGUGUUCACAAGUGGCACUGGUUUCAUCUUGUCGGUGAAAAUUCUUUCUACAGCAUGAAAUGGGCUUUUGUUUUGAUCCUUGCGUUUACUGGUAGACUCUUUAUAGUUACUAUUUUUAUAUUACAAAGGUUUCAUAAAAAUUUAAAGAAUAAAAAU